UAUCUCGACACGAGCAGUCGUGCGCGAGAAUUCCAAGCGGGCAGAUCGCUUUGACUCGUCGGAACAAUCGCGCUCAACAUAUUGCAUUGGAUUAUAUCCUGAGGGUGUCUCGUAUAACCACGAGCACUUGAUAUUGACACAAACUUUAUUUCACGACGGUGAUAUUUGACUUGAUCUCGGGACGAAAGGAACAGUCCCGAUUAAGCUAGUCUAUUAUGGAGUGCUGGACGAUAGUCUUAUCGAUAUUAGCCGGCGUGCUCGCCGUUUAUUAUUAUUUCAAGGGGUCCAACGACUUCGAGCGACACGGAAUUCCGCAUAAAAAGCAGUUUAUAUUAAGAACGUUUUGGGAGAUUUUCAUAAACCCGAAAAGUUUCGCCGAAGUAAAUCAAAAUAUAUACAAUAUACAUCCCGACGCCAAGUAUGUCGGUUUAUUUAAUUUCUCGCAAUUGGUCGUCGCGAUACGCGACCUCGAUCUGAUCAAGACCGUCGGCAUCAAAAACUUCGACUCGUUUCAAGACCAUUUAUUCUUCGGUAGCGACAGUCAAGAUCCGCUCUUCGGCAAAAAUCUGCUCUCUCUCCGCGGAGAACAAUGGCGUGACGUCAGAACGCUCCUGAGUCCCGCUUUUACGUCUAGCAAAAUGAAGAUGAUGUUUCAAUUAAUGUCCGAGUGCGCCGUGAAUUUUUCCGAGUAUCUGGCAAAAGUGCCGCCUGAGAAACGCAUUAUGGAAAUGAAGGACAUCUUCUCGAGAUACACCACCGACGUGAUUGCCACGUGCGCCUUCGGCAUCAACGUGGAUUCGAUGAGAAACCCGGACAACGAUUUCUUCAAGUUAGGCGGAAAAGCGACGACGUUCGACACGGUAGCUCUAAUAAAAAUUCUGCUGUACCAACACUUGCCGAGACUCAUGAAUCUGUUGAAUCUUAAGAUGGUGGAUGAACGUACGAACGCGUUCUUUGUGAAUCUGGUAGCUGAAACCAUCCGAAUCAGGGACGAGAAAAAUAUUACUCGACCGGACAUGCUCCAGCUGAUGAUGGAUAGCAGAGGUAAAAGAGAGGGAAAAGAACUGAGCAUUCUGGACAUGACAUCGCAGGCGUUCAUCUUUUUCCUCGGCGGUUUCGACAGUAGCUCGACCUUGAUGAGUUUCUUAGCGUAUGCGAUUGCCGUCAAUCCAUCUAUUCAGGAGAAGUUGCAACAAGAGAUUGACAAAGUUCUGGAAGAUACGAACGGUCAACCAACCUACGAGGCGGUCAACGGAAUGGUGUAUUUGAACGCUACGAUUAACGAGACUCUUAGAAUGUAUCCGGUGCAAUUGAUGACGGACAGAAUGUGUACGAAAGACUUUGAGUUGCCUGCCGCAUUACCAGAUGCGAAACCAUAUAUCGUGAAAGCGGGAACGAUCAUCUGGAUCACGUUUUAUGGCCUUCAACACGAUCCCAAGUACUUUCCGGAGCCGGAAAUUUUCAAGCCUGAAAGAUUCCUAGAAAACAAAGGCAAUGAUAAUUUCAAUGCUUAUUUUCCGUUCGGAUUAGGCCCGAGAAUGUGCAUUGGCAACAGAUUCGCGUUACUGGAGACGAAGGUUAUGCUGUUUCACCUUCUGGCUCGAUGCGACUUGAAACCGAGCGAAAAGACUUCGAUACCGUUGAAAUUUAAAAAGGGCGGAUUCUCGAUGCGAGGCGAAGGAGGUAUCUGGUUAAGUAUUGUACCGAGAGAAAAUCAGUAUUUUACACAAUCGGUUAUCGCAAAUUAAGAGCGGCAAAUAAGAUUAUAAGGUACUGCGAGUCAUUUUAUAUCAUUAUUUUAUAUCAUAUCAAUUAUCAAUAUAUACACAAUAUAUUGUAAAACAUACAAACUUAUCAAAAUAUAAAAUACUAAAAAGUUAAUAGAGUUGGAAGAUGAUGAAAUCGAGCGGCGAAUCAUUAUGCAAAUCAUUUUAGCAAUGUCACAGUAGUUUUUAUUGGAAAAAGCUUUUUAUACGUUUUAUCGUUAAUGAUUAAAGAUAUAUGUGUUCAUAAAGAUCAUCGGAAUUCCAACAGGAAUUUCAACAGCAAUUUCAUCUAUUAACUAGUCUCUGCUCGACAUAAGUACAUUACUUUAAAUAUGAUCAAAGUGCAAAAAAACAAAAAUAAAUUUAAAAAUAUAAGAGAUAAUACAAUCGGUUUAAUGUAUUUUAUCUCAAUUUUAUCAGACUAUAGUCAGAUUAAAUUAAAAAAAUACUGUUCUGAUUUUGCAUCAGCGAUGACAUAUGAGAAAAAUCAUUCCGAUGUGAUCGUCAGUUCGUUCGUCGGAUCUCGACGAGAAAAGUUGCAUUCGUAUAUCGUUUUCGUUAUUAAUUUGCAUAAAGAGAAUAUAUAGACAGUUGCGAGAGUUGAUUUCGAUUUAUAUUUAGAACUACGUAAUAUGUAUCAUUAGUAUACUAGUUUAAUAAAAUAAUUUCUAUUUUCAACAUGAUACACGUAAUCGCUUUGACAGUGAUAGCGGGCGCUCUGGGCCUCUAUUAUUAUGUCUUACUACUAUUAUGUCAAGAAUAUGAACUAUUUCAAGAAACAUAAUAAGAGGCCAUUUCCCAUAUUAGAAAAUAUGGAAGCAAUAAUCUUCUGUCGUCAAUCAGUAGACCUUGUCAAGGAUGCUUACGAUUUACAUCCCAAGACCAAGUACGUCGACAUGUUUGAUAUGACAAAUCCACUUGUAGUGAUUCGUGAUCCAGAGCUUAUUAAAUCUAUUGGUGAGCGGAAGAAAGAAAAUCUCAACUCCGGAGCCUAUCUUUCAUUUGGACUGGGUCCCAGGAUGUGCAUUGGUAAUAGAUUCGUUUUAAUGGAGACGAAAAUUCUGCUGUUUCAUCUAUUAGCACGUUGCAAUUUAAAAGCAAAAAACACUGUUACCGCUCAAACUUGCUAAAUAUGGCUUUAAUAUGAAGCUCGAAGAUGGUUUCUGACUGAAUGUAUCACUAAGAAAAAAAUAUUCGUCGCACUAUUGCUACCAAUGUUGUCAAUGGAACACGUUAAUGAAGAAACAUUAUAUUUAAAAAAAUUUUUAAUAUA